AUGCUACGGCAACCACAGUUGGGCUGCGGCCGGCACGUCACCGUCUUGCUCGUUGUCUUCGCUGCCUGCUUGGUUGCGCUAUUCCGGGCAUCCGGUCUCGCAGCAACACCAGUCUUGUCAACGUCUCCCCUACAUGAUCCCAUGCACGGCGUCGAGGACAAGGUGCAAAGGCUGGAAAACGAGUGGGCUGCAGAAACCCUUCCCGAGGGGGAUUGGCCCAAAGACCAGCAUCUUUUGGGCGUGGGGAAAGCCGACAUUACCGGGCCCGUCGUGGAAAUCAACCUGAUGGGCUAUGCAGACUUUGCGCAGAUUGGCCGAGGGUUGAGGCAAAGGCUGUACUCGCGGGCAUUCAUCGUUGGGGACCUGAAGAACCCCGAGGAUCGGUUUGUCUACCUGGUUCUCGACAUCCAGUCCGGGGACACGGCGGUCCGGUACGGUAUCCUCCGGGGACUGCAAGCCCUCGGCCCGCGAUACUCCAUGUACGGCCAGGACAAUGUGGCAGUCACGGCCACCCAUUCUCACUCGGGGCCGGGCGCAUGGCUCAACUACCUCUUGCCCCAGAUCCCAAGCAAGGGCUUCGAUAAACAGAGCUACCGAGCCAUUGUCGAAGGGUGCGUGCUGUCGAUUCGCCGAGCACACGAGAGCCUCGCUCCCGGCCACCUGAGCAUUGGCAGCACCAAAAUCGCAAACGCCAACAUCAACCGCAGCCUGUUUGCCUAUCUCGCAAACCCCGAGGAGGAGCGUGCCAGAUACAACGUCAGCUCCGAGGACGAUGGGUCCGUCGACAAGGAAAUGACGUUGCUCAAGUUCGCCAGGGCGUCGGACGGCCGGGGCAUCGGUGUUUUGACCUGGUUCCCCACGCACGGGACGUCGAUGCAAGCCAACAAUACUCUGAUAACCGGCGACAACAAGGGCCUCGCUGCGGAUCUGUUCGAAAAGGACGUCAGGCGCCGGGCCGAUGGAGCUCAUGGAGCCGAUGGAGCCGAUGGCUUUGUUGCGGGCUUCUCGCAGGCCAACAUGGGCGACGCGAGCCCAAACAUCCUCGGCGCCUGGUGCGAGGACGGCACGGGGCAGCAGUGCGACUUUAGGACGAGUGCGUGCAGCGACGGCAAGAGCAACCGGUGCCGCGCGCGCGGCCCCAAGUUUGGACGGAACGACUACGGGGCUGCAUCCUGCCUCGAAAACGCGAGGCUGCAGUUUCAGGGCGCCAGGCGGAUAUACGACGCCCUGGAAAAGGCGAAGCCCAACGUCGUGGGCACCGGCGUCAAGGCCACGCAUCGUUUUCAGGACAUGGCCUUUUACCGAUUCGCGUUGCCAAACGGCACCGAGGUGCAGACGUGCCCUGCCGCCCUUGGCUACGGCUUCGGAGCUGGCACCUGGGACGAGCCCGGUGCCUUUGACAUUCUGCAGCACCACACGAACGCCUCCAACGCUCGCUUCGUAUGGAGAUUCAUCACUUGGCUUCUGAAGCCGCCAACAAAGGCCCAGAUCGAAUGCCAGCGACCAAAGUCCAUCGUGCUGGAUGUAGGCGAGGUCAGCCGUCCAUAUGCCUGGACGCCAAAUGUGGUCGACAUCCAGACGUUUCGCGUUGGCCAACUGUUCAUCAUUGUGAGCCCCGGCGAAGCGACGACCAUGGCGGGACGUCGGUGGAAAGAGGCAGUGGCAAACGAAGGCCUCCGAAGCUUUUCGCACGAGCUGGCGGGUCAGCAGCCUGUAGUUGUUCUCGGGGCACCGAGCAACAGCUACACGCACUACAUUUCGACUCUGGAAGAGUACGGCAUCCAACGUUACGAGGGCGCCUCCACGUUGUACGGGCCACAUACACUCGCCGCGUACAUCAACGGCACCGUGGCCAGCAUGAGAGACCUCGAAUCCGAUGCCAAACCCGCUCUGAAGCAUCAGGAAAAGAACACGUACCCUCCGGAUAACAGUGGCCGGUCCCUGAGCUUCAUCUUUGGCGUCUUGUGUGACAGGACGCCGUUUUCUCGAGCGUUUGGGGACGCCGUAGCUGACGUGCCCGAACCUCGGUACCGACGCGGGCAAACGGUGUCAGCUACCUUUGUGGGUGCCAAUCCUCGCAACAAUCUGCGUCUGGAGCAGACCUAUGCCGCUGUGGAAUACCGGUCCUCGGCGGAGGAGGAGUGGCGGCAAGUCAGGGACGAUUCCGACUGGGCUCUGACCUUUCACUGGCGGCGAACAAGCCGGCUCCUGGCGACGAGUGAAGUGGACGUUGGAUGGGAAAUUGAAGACUGGGCCCCGCGAGGAGAAUACCGGCUGCGUUACUACGGCGAUGCAAAAUCGGCCCGGUAUUUCUCCCUUUCCACGCUUCCGCGCACGGCGGCAUCCGGCGUGGAGACGCCGCGCGGCAACGUGGCGGUUUCGAUUGUCUUUUGCCUUGUCGUCAUGGCGAUCCCCGUGAUGCGACUGUACGGCGUCGACGGCGACAAGCCUCGCAACCAGCACUCGCGAGAGGCGGACGACGCCCGAUCAGGCGGCGCCUUGCCCUGUGGAGGCUUCCUCAACGCCGACAGAGUACAUGGCCGUGUCCGUCAAGACUCGGUCGGUCGGGACGAGCACGAUGUCGCGGGUCUUCGCGUCCACGACGUACUGGGCCGCGUCGGCGAGUCGGUGCAAUCGGCCAACGAGGCGUUCCUCCUGGACAAGGAGCAGAGGAAGUGCACCGCCAGCCCCCCUGGAGCAGUGCCGCGCUGA